CGAAAAUGAGGGGAAGUUGAUAAUUGGGGAGCCCGACUUCCUGUCGCCCUAGGAGAGGGCGUUGAUGGUGGGAUUGAUGAAGAAAAGGCACCGUGCAUAUGCGUUCAAUGACGACGAGCGUGAGAGCCUGGAUGUGGAUAAGAUUCCGAUGAUACGAAUCCACACUGUUCCACAUGAGCUAUGGAAUCUAAGGGGCGCACGAUACCCAAAUUCGGAUGAGGAGAAGAAGGUGGUGGACUACCUGGAUGGCAAGAUGCGGGUGCACGUGACCGACUAUUCCAGUGGACCGUACGCGUCGCCUUGGUUUUGUUUUAUUAAACCAAAUAGGACGCUAAGGUGGGUGCAGGACUUGCAACGGCUAAAUGCGGUGACAGUGCGGGACGCGGGAGGGUUGCCGAACGCGGACGCGCUGUUAGAGUCGUGCGUAGGGAGGCCUAUAAUCUCGCUUAUAGACCUCUACUCUGGGUACGACCAAUUCCCUGUAUACGCGCCAGACAGGCCCGUAGCGGCGAUGCACACACUGAGAGGGUUGAUUCACAUUAACGUGGCGCCUCAAGGUUGGACGAAUGCGGUGGCGAUGGUGCAAAGGCAUAUGAACAGAGCCAUGCAGAUGGUCAGCCCACAUAUCACCCAACCCUAUAUCGAUGACCUGGCGGUCAAAGGUCCGAAGGAGAAGGAGGAAGACGAAGUGAUGCCCAGUGUGCGGCGCUUUGUCUGGAAGCAUGUUCAAGACAUCGAUCAGGUUCUGGGGUUAUUGGAGGAGCAUAACCUGAUGGCGAGCGGCCCCAAGUCGAAACAUUGUAUGAGGGAGGCCACGAUUCUAGGUUUUGUCUGUAAUGAGAAUGGGCGAAGGCCUGACGUAAAGAAAACAGACAAGAUUCUUGAGUGGCCGGUGUCCUUUCGCUCGAUAACAGAUAUGAGGAAUUUUCUUGGGACGUGCGGAUUUUGGAGGAGCUUCGUGAAGGACUUCGCCACGAAGACGGAGCAUUUAAGGAAGUUGGUGCGCCAGGAUCAGGAAUGGGUCUGGGGCGAAGACCAGGAAGAGGCAGUCGGUAGGAUGAAGAGAGAGUUUAAGGAAGAAGGCUUGGUAUUGGGAGCGCCAAACUACGAAGCCACGGAGGAGAGAUCAUUCGUUAUUGAGACAGACGCUGGGCCAACUGCCUUGGGCGAAGUCUUGAUUCAGGCAGAUACUGAGGGGAAGGAGAGGCCGCUAAGAUUCGAAAGUCGUGCCCUCAAUACAACUGAGAGGAAUUACUCUCAGUUCAAGAAGGAAACGCUGGCGGUACUUCAUUGCCUAAGGACCUUCCGGAACUAUGUUUUUGGAAGGAGGCACAUCUUGAGGGUGGACCCUACUGCACUGGCAUGUUCCCUGGAGAAUUAUACUCCAUUUGACCCAACCGUCGCAAGGUGGUUGACCUACAUUUGGAUGUUUAAUUUCAAGUUGGAAAGGAUCCCAGGGAACAAGAACAGGGCAGAUGGGUUAAGCCGCAUCAACUGGGACGGAUCGGACGAGGAAUCGAUAGAAGACGCCCCACCAGUUGAUGGGGUUUUGGACCAAGAGGAGGACAUCUGCCUGCAUAUAAACGAAUGGUCCCUGCGAGUACCCAGUUGCGUCAGCCACCCUAUAUGGUUAGCGCCAAAGGGGUACGAGCAGAAGGAAGAGUUGGUCCUCAAGCCUUUUCAGGAGGAGGAUCCGUGGGGGAGUAAGGAUGUUGGUUGGAUGAUGAAAUUGGCAUUGGCAGGAACACACAGCCUGGUGGAGGAAAUGAGGACGAUAGAAGAAGGCCCCACUCAGGUAGAGGAGCAUGAGCARCUAAUGGGAGGGAUGUACCUGCUCAUUAAUACGCUCCUGCAGGGAGACUUUGACCGGAGGGGCUCGUUCAGUCAUGAAGGAAAUGAGAUUCUGGUUCCUGAAAGUGGGGACGACGAAUUCGAGGAAGGAAAAAUUAAGGAGGCGUUUCGGGCGGAGGAGUACGAUGGGAUCUACCGGGAAUUGGGGUUGCUCCUAUCAUGUGAGAUGAGGGAUAGAGAUGCAAGUGCCAAGGGACAGAAGAUGAGGCACCUCUAUGUGGUAAGAGACGGUCACUUGUUUAUAAAGCGGCAUGUCGGGAACCCCAAGAGGAUCGUAUGUGGGAGGAACCGGCAAAUUGAUAUCAUAGCGGCCCUACGCGAUGGUAUAGCAGGGGGGCACAGAGGAGUAGGUGCCACAUGCGCGAAGAUAAGCGAGUUCUACCAUUGGGACGGGAUGCUGAAGAUGGUUAUCAAAUAUUGCCGGUCCUGUAUACCUUGCCAAGAGAGGUCAGCGCAAAGGCCUGGAGAACCCCUACACCCAAGGUUAGAAAGGGAAGUGGGUGUGGUCGUACGCCUGGACCUGUUAUUCAUGCCAGCAGGGAAGAAUGGGUGUAACUACAUCUUCGAUGCACGGGAUAACCUUAGUGGGUUUGUGGACGGACGAGCUAUCCGGACGAAGACUGGCCCGGUUUUGGCGAACUGCAUCGAGGAGUAUUACCUGCGAUACCCUUUUGUCAGGGAGUUCGUGAUGGAUCGAGGAUUAGAGUUUACCUGCAAUGUGGUGAGGAAGUUCCUUGCAGGGUAUGACGUAGUGACCAACUAUACUACGGCCGCGCACCCUCAAACGAACGCUCCUGCGGAAAGGGGGCACAGUACCAUCACGAAUCUCCUGGCUAAGUGGACAGAGGGCAAACCUGGUCAGUGGCCAAAGUUCCUACAGGCAGCUUUCUUCGUGGAGAAUGUUAUUGUAAAGAGGACUACCAAGCCAUCAGGGGAGACGAAAGAAGAGAAGAGCACGAGGGUGCAGGUACGCCUCGAGAAGUUAUACCAGGAGAAGAUUAGGAUGGAGGCCGCAGAAGAAACGCUGAAGCUACCGAUUGACCCUCCGACAAGCGAGCAGAGGAUUAGGGAGGCCUGGGCCAGCUAUGAGGGUGAGAGGGAUGCUGCUCGCCUGAGGUCACGAGACGUGGGACAGGAGAAUGCGAGGGUGGACGAGGCACGAGAGACAGGGGAUUUGGGACUUUCAGCCGCCAGGAUGGAGAUUGAGCGUGCAGAUAGGAGGAUAGGUGAGGUGGCAAUCUCGUCCUUCCAACGGUACUCCAUGCUCAGCGAUGAGUUGGCGGCCUCGAGGUUGGAGGUGGGACAGUUGUCCACCCAGUUGGCAGAAGAGAGGGCAGAGAACCAAGCAUGGAGGUCCCGUAUGGAAGUCAAGGAAGCGGAAUGGGAGAAGAGGCUCCAGGACAUGGCGGCAAUGGUGGAGAGGCUCUCGGCCACUAAGGUGGUCGACUGGAUGGAGCAGAGCCGGUAUGGUAUCCAGGGGAAGGAGGUACAGGGGCUCUUUGGCCGGGAAGGGACGACAGAGCCACAUCAGCAAGGAGGUAUGGGGAAGGUAUUCCUGGACCCAAUAGAGGCGGCAGCACGGCGGGAGGUCGAGGAGGGGAGGUUCAGCUUCAGAACGCCCACGGAGUUGGCCACCCCUAUGACGAUUGAGAUCCCUGAGGGCGAGCCGGCGCAGAGACCCCAACCUCCAGUGGAGGAAGGGGGCCCAACAGAGGAGUCCCCUACGAUCCUUUUGGAGGUGCAGGAGGGUGCCCUUACGGGAGCAGCAGCAUCCUCUUAGCCGGAGGCAUUGGGGGGAGAGGUGUCUCGACUUGAUGAGUUAGUGGCAGCUAUGAAGUUGGACAUGC